AAUAGAAUAAUUUGCUCCACUAGAAAUAAAAGUUAAGAAUCAGCGCUUGUGUUGCAGAACUGACACAAAUGAUGAACCAUGGAGAUACAAACAACUAAAUCUGAAGUCUGUGAAGUAUCUUCAACUAAGUCACGCUGACACCACCAUUUCCUGGAUGACCAGAAGGCUGGCGAGGCAGUGGCUCUCGUAGCUCACGGAGAGACGGAUGGAGCUGGAUACAGACGGAAAUCACAGAGCAGGACACAGAAAGCAUUCAGAGGAGGACAGCGAUCCAUUUCAGCUCUAGUCUCAGGCUUUGAUACAGGUCACCUGAUCAGUUUUCCAAGAGUAGAUCCUGAUUCACCUUCAACGCUAUUAGGAAAACACCUUGCUGAUGACAGCUAGAUUGGACACGGGUUGCCCCUGCUGUGGCAGGCAUCUCAUCUCACGAUUCUUCGUUUUCUCAACCAUCUGAGGAUUUUAUGCUGUAAAUAUUCCGUUUUUGUCCUGAAAACUCGUUUGAACUCUCAUUGCUUGGCCAUCACCUGCCAGUACUGGGAUUGGAGCAAAAGAUCCCAAGAUGAGUGUCAAAAAAGAAGACGUUGAGAAGUUCCUGGAUGGAAAUCCAGAUUUUGCCAGGAGCUAUUUUGACAAAAAGCUCAAACCUGGUGCUGUGGCCUCGAUCAUGCAAAUCCCAGAGUCUAAAGUGGAUAUGGACAGUUUUAAGGACAUAUGCUCAGUAGAGGAAGGAAUGAUAUUCUACGAUCUCAUUACAGACAUGCAGGAGAACGUCAAUAUGGAGAAGGUGAUUUUUAAGAUUCUGAAGCGGAUCAGUGCUCUGAUUCAUGCCGACCGAUGUAGCUUGUUCAUGUAUCGACAGCGAAACGGCGUCGCCGAGCUGGCCACUCGUCUCUUCAACGUUAAUGAAAAUUCUGAGCUUGAUGACUGUGUGGUGCCUCCAGACUCUGAGAUCGUCUUCCCUCUGGACAUCGGUAUAGUUGGAUAUGUGGCUCAAACCAAGAAGCCCAUCAAUGUGAAGGAUGUAACACAGGAUAGUCACUUCAGCUCAUUCGUUGAUGAACUUACUGAAUACACCACACGCAACAUCUUGGCUGCCCCCAUCAUGAAUGGGAAAGACAUAGUAGCCAUCAUUAUGGCAGUCAACAAGACUACUGGUCCCCAUUUCACAGAGGAAGAUGAGGAUCUUUUUUUAAAGUAUCUGAAAGUUGGCUCUCUGAACCUGAAGAUUUUUCAUCUGAGCUACCUUCAUAACUGUGAAACACGAAAAGGACAGCUGCUGUUGUGGUCUGCUAACAAGGUGUUUGAAGAACUCACAGACAUUGAACGACAGUUUCACAAAGCUUUGUACACAGUCCGAGCCUAUCUCAACUGUGACAGGUACUCUGUGGGCCUGCUGGACAUGACCAAGGAAAAGGAGUUCUUUGAUAUUUGGCCUGUGUUGAUGGGAGAGCAGCCACCUUAUUCUGGCCCUGUUACUCCAGAUGGAAGGGAAAUCAUUUUCUACAAAAUUAUUGAUUAUAUUUUGCACGGAAAAGAGGACAUCAAGGUCAUACCUAACCCACCUGCGGAUCAUUGGGCUUUGGUUAGUGGAUUACCUACAUAUGUUGCAGAGAGUGGAUUUAUUUGCAACAUCAUGAAUGCAGCAGCAGAUGAAAUGUUCAACUUUCAGACGGAAGCUCUGGAUGAAAGUGGAUGGACCAUCAAGAAUGUGCUGUCUCUGCCAAUUGUCAACAAAAAAGAAGAAAUUGUUGGCGUUGCAACUUUCUACAACAGGAAGGACGGCAAACCAUUUGAUGACCAUGAUGAACAACUCAUGGAGGCUUUGACACAGUUUCUGGGCUGGUCGGUCCUCAACACAGACACCUAUGACAAAAUGAAUAAGCUGGAGAACAGGAAGGACAUUGCCCAAGACAUGGUGCUGUACCAUGUCAAAUGUCGAGAUGAUGAGAUUCAAAACAUCCUUAAAACAAGAGAAUAUUUUGACAGAGAACCAAGAGACUGUGAGGAGGACGAGCUUUUGGAAAUUCUGAAAAAAGAGCUGCCGGGUCCAAAUAAGUUUGAGAUCUACGCGUUCCAUUUUUCAGACUUUGACUGCACUGAAAGGGAACUUGUAAUGUGUGCGAUUCAGAUGUACUAUGAAGUUGGAGUGGUUAAAAAGUUCCAGGUCCCUCAGGAGGUUUUGGUAAGAUUCAUGUACUCAGUGAGCAAAGGCUACAGGAAAAUCACCUACCACAACUGGCGCCAUGGCUUCAAUGUUGGGCAAACCAUGUUCACUUUACUCACGACAGGCAAACUGAAGCGGUAUUACACAGAUUUGGAGGUGAUGGCCAUGAUCACUGCCGGCUUCCUGCAUGAUAUCGACCACAGAGGCACAAAUAAUCUCUACCAAGUGAAGUCCCAAAAUCCUCUAGCCAAGCUGCAUGGAUCUUCCAUUCUAGAGAGGCAUCACUUGGAAUUUGGCAAAUUCUUGUUAGGCGAAGAGUCAUUAAACAUCUUCCAGAACCUCAACAGAAGACAAACGGAGCAUGUCUUCCAUCUCAUUGACAUUGCCAUUAUUGCAACUGAUCUUGCAUUGUACUUCAAAAAGAGAACAAUGUUCCAGAAAAUUGUGGAUCUCUCUGAGACAUAUGAAGAUGAGAAGAAAUGGGUGGACUUCAUGUCUCUUGAAACAACAAGGAAAGAAAUUGUAAUGGCCAUGAUGAUGACAGCAUGCGACCUCUCAGCUAUCGCAAAACCAUGGGAGGUGCAGAGCAAGGUCGCCCUCUCUGUAGCAGCUGAAUUCUGGGAGCAGGGUGAUCUUGAGAGGACUGUUCUUGAGCAACAACCUAUCCCCAUGAUGGACAGGAACAAAGCCGCAGAGCUGCCAAAGCUUCAGUGUGGUUUUAUCGACUUUGUCUGUACUUUUGUCUACAAGGAGUUUUCUCGUUUUCACCACGACAUCCAGCCAAUGUAUGAUGGCAUUCUGAACAACCGGAAGCAUUGGAAAGAGAGGCAGGAGGAAUAUGAGGCAAAACUAAAGGCAAUGGAGGAGGCAGCUCAGGCCAAACAGGAAGAAGCUGCUAAAAAUGCUACAAACUCCAACAGCACCAGUGGAUCAGGAUCAGGAUCCAAGACCUGCUCUAUCUGCUAGAGAAAAGACAAUGCUAUAAAGGGCCAGGCAGUUUGAAAUGCAACCUAGCCUCUAUAGUACAUCCCACAGAUCAACACCACACUUAGAGCUGAUCAAGAGAGAGUGGGAAAACACUAUCAAUGCAUUAUAUGCUAUCAGCAAGCCACAAGACCACCUGCUAACCAAAACACACAUCGGAUCUUGCCUACAGUUUGCAUUACUGUUCCACUGUGUUUCCUUUGGGUCAUAGUGUUCAAGCAUUUUUAUUGGAUGAUAAUUGGUUUAAUUUAAUCACAAUGCAGACUUAUAUGUACUACAAGAAAUUUCAGAGGUGAAUAUUGAAAAAAUGGUUUUGAUUUUGAAAGUUUAUUCUAUUUUUCUCUCCAUGCAGUCAAAGAUAUUAGCAUCAUCAUUAUUUUUAUGGAUAGGAUUUUAUGGGCAGGUCCAUGACAAGUUCUUGUAAUUCCAAGAUAACUUUUCCUCCAUUUUGUAAUUGCAAUGUCUAAAUUGCUGUCACCUGCUACUUUCACUGAAAAUCAGAAAACAAACGCCAUUUUAUGAGUGAUACGUAUUUUUUCGGUCAUUUAUUCCCUCUAAAAGUAAUCACAUUGUACAGAUUGAAGCUAAUGUUGCAGGCUGCUAAAUCUGAGAAGAUAGGUGACAGACCUUAGUGCGCAACAAAAUAUAGCUUCUGGCAGAAUAGAAUGGUGGUCAGCAUGUAUAAAGAUUGGGUUUAAAGUUAUAGUUUGACAUUUUUUUUUUUUCACUUAAGCCGACAGGUAAUGCGCAAUUGUCCUUCAGAUUUAUUUACAUCAAGUGCUGUCAUGGGUGUGUUUUACUGAGCAAGGUCCCGUUACUCAGUGUCUCCGCUGUUGGGACAUGCGUUCACAGAGAAAACUAAUUCCAGUGGCCUUGAUUUCAUUCAUCUAUUCUAAACUGACCUGUCAUCACACUGAACCUUGAGAAGUCUGUGAUUAAAUUCAGGAAGGUAUUCAGAUCCAGGCAAUUUUUUUUCUUCUCGUGUCAGACAUUUUUUUUUUUUUUUUUUUGUAGGAAUCGAGUUUCUCUUUCACUAAUUGUCUAUAAAACAUGGUAAAAACAUCAGUUGCGUAUCUAAUUGUGUACAUAUACAAAAUGUCUUUUUUUCAUUUUAUGAGGUACGACUUUACAUCCUGUUAAAAAGUAAAUAUUGCAAAGGUGUGUUUUAGUGCACUUAAUGCAUUUUACAAGCUUAUUAUACAAAAUUGCUGCUUCUGUUUCACAUAUUAUAAAGGUUUAAUUUAAGUAGCGGAGAACCAGGCAGUAGCAAUGAAAAUUUAUGUUUAAAUCAAUGUGUCAGAUCUGACAGCAAAGCCCCGAUAAUAAGACUUAUUCAGUCUUUUGAAUUUGACACAAGUGUGAUUUACUUGCAGAGCAAGUUAAAUAUUUCUUGACACCAAUCUGACUAUUAUAAAAAUCCAGCAUCAAAUAUGGAUGAUUCCAAUUAAAUUGGUAAACAUUAAGCUUCACUUCUGUAUGCUUAAUACCACGAUAAUUAAAGCAUAUAUUUUUAUGAA